AUGCUAAUUUAUUAUAAGUCUUGUUCGGCAACCGGCAUAACAGAGGAGGAAUGUGGAAAGCACACCUAUAAAUCUGUGAGACCAUUAUUAAAGUACAUACAUCAGAUAAAGGAGGAAAUUGAGAACAAUAACAAUAUAGUUGGAAGCAAAGACAAAGAAAUCAAGCAACUGCGGGAAAAGCUGAACCAACGUAAUGAAUUGGUCAUCGAGGAACUGAGAGCUCAGAAUGAAUUCUACAGAAAGACCAUCAAAGAGCUAACGAGGAACGUCUUAUUGAUAAAAGAAGAAAUGGGUAAACUCAGCUCCAAUGCCUUUAAAAUCCAAGACUAUGAAAAGCAGCUGGAGAAACAAAAGAAGAUAAAUAAUGCAAAGGACCAACAAAUAAACGAAGUCAAGAACGAAAUCGGCAACUGUGCCAAGAAAUUAAAAAGCUGCAAGGAGCAACCUGUUUGCACUGAUUGUAGUCAUUUUGCAGAUGCUCCGGGUAUUCAUAAAAUUAUUCCCAAUUAUGAUCCGGUCGAUGUACUUUGCGACAGUGUGACAGCAGGUCCUGGCUGGACGGUUAUCCAGCAGCGAAUCAAUGGUAAGGAGGAUUUCGAUAGGAAAUGGGUCUCAUACCGUUCCGGCUUUGGAAACUUUGAUGGUGACUUCUUCUUAGGACUUGAGAAGAUUCAUCGCUUGACGCGCGCUCGACCCCAUGAGCUGUACAUACAUAUGGAAGGAUUUGAUGGUAUCAUCAAAUACUACAGAUAUGAUCAAUUUGCUAUCUCUGGCGAGGACGAUCAAUACAGACUGAUCACCUUGGGCAAAGGGGAGGGCAAUGCAACAGGCGACUUUCUGCGUUUUCAUGUAAAUGAGAAAUUCACCACAUACGAUCGUGAUAAUGAUUCGCAUGAUUUUGUCAACUGUGCAAUCUAUCAUGGUGGUGGUUGGUGGCACAAACAUUGUUCAUAUAGCAAUUUAAAUGGCAAAUACUAUGCUCAUAAUGUGCAGAAAAAAGAUGCUAUUUAUUUUGGGGGGAUAGACUCUUUGAAAAAAGUCAAAAUGUUGAUACGCGCCAAGCGAAGCAAUUCGCAAUAGCUAAAAUAUUAAUAUAAACAGAAAUGUAUAUAGAUAAUUUAAAACUAGAUUUUCUAGUUAUUUCAAUAUUUUCGUAGGUGUCAUACAUAUAAUAAAGCAUACAUUAAAUAAAGCAAAAA